UUAUAGCACCGAUAAGGUUUUUCAUGUCCCCUCUCUACAUGCAUUAUAACCCAAAAGUAAAAGUUUCGUGAAAAAUGUGGUGUUUAAAUCUGCUACUGUUGCUCUCGGUAUAUAUUGGUCAAGGUACAAGUCUACAGUGCUAUCAUUGCGCCCAAGAUACCAUUAACUUUGUUGGAGACUGCAUGGAAGGUUACUGUAAUCUGAAACCCAUCACUUGUGAAGCCAAUCAAACUGCUUGUUACAUCUACAGCUUUAUGGAGGGAUAUUGGGAUAAUAUACAUUUUCGUAGGGGUUGUACGGAUAACCCUGAUAACUUAUGCAAAAACUUAAAAGCGACCAAGUAUAUAUCCUCGAUCUGUUAUAUAUGUAAAGAUGACAAAUGUAACUAUAUGCAUGUAUCCGAGACUAAAUAAUUGAUUCCUCAUAC